UGCUAGCUAUUUACUACAAACUGAAGUGGCAAGUGCAUUUCCAUUUUCAUUUAGAAUUAUGCUCAAGUACUCAACGGUUUUAAAAUUGUGGUUUGAAUAUUUUGCGCUUUUACGUUCUCUUUUUUUUUAAUCGGAUAUUUUUAGUUAAAUACAUAAAACUUAUUGCAUUUGCGCCUCCAAAAAAAUAGCGAUGUGCAGCGUGUUUUUGUUCAUUUGCGGUUUAACCUGCGGUCACUGUUUGCUGCUGACCACUGUCAGUGCAAGUCCUCGGUCGCUUGCUGAAAAAGAGAGCAAGGCUGCAGCUGUGGCCGCAGUCAUGGCAACAAAUUCUGCACAAAUAGAAGUGAAUAUUAAAAAUUCGGAAAAGGAUUCGCCACAGCAGGCAAAUGUGUCAGCUUAUCAACGAGAAAGUGUAAAGCCGAAAGCGAUUCGCGCGGAAGCUGCAGCGUUGGAGACUUCUGCAGUAGAAUUUAGCGAAGGUCGUGGCAAGUAUAAGCGACGCAAAAUGUUGAAGUACCUGCAGCCGUUGCUGAUUGGUGUUUUAAUUGUAAAGUUCAUCAUGCUGCCGCUCGUUCUGAAAACGUUAACCGCGCUCUCGACAUCGUCAUUUGUGAUGAGUAAAAUUGCAUUGGCAACUGCUGGACUAUUUGUGCUUAAAUGGCUAUUUUCCGGCUCCGGGGACGGCAGUGGCUACAAUGGCGGCGUCAAGGAGCGAACACAUUUCGAGAUUGUGCAUUUACCAUUACCACUGACGAAAACAUAUCAAAGGGGAAAUGCAGGUGGUGACGUCGUUGGUGGUUGGAGUGAUUUAUCGCUAAGUGGCAGCAACAGCAUAUUGGCUGUAAAGCAUGCAAACAACAAGCCCAGCAAAUAUAUACCAGUAAAUAGCGCCAAGGAUAUGGCGCAUGUAGUGGCAGCUGCAGUGGCGACAGACAGCGUCGGCGGCAAUAGCUAUCGAAGCACGCGACCUUAUCGUCCCUAUGACGCUGCUUUUUAUG